AUUUCAUCGUUUAGGAGCCCAACCCAAAAUUGUAGAUUCACGGCUACGCUCUUGUAGAUUUGAAUUUGAAUACCUCAUUCCUCCGCCUCUCUUUCCUCUCCUCUCCUCUCCUCUCCUCUCUCUAAAAUCAUCACUCAUCAGAUCACCUUCGCAUCUCUCUCCGCCGAACCCUUACAAGGAGCUGCAAAUUGCGGUAAUCAUGGCCUCAGCGCCACCACCGUCGACGGGAAGGGAGCUAUUGAGCCCACCGACUGACGGAAUUUCUAACCUCCGAUUCUCCAACCACAGUGACCACCUCCUUGUUUCCUCAUGGGAUAAGAGUGUUCGAUUGUACGAUGCUAGUGCCAAUGCGCUCAGAGGGGAGUUUAUGCACGGCGGCGCUGUACUGGAUUGUUGCUUCCAUGAUGAUACCUCAGGGUUUAGUGCUUCUGCCGAUCAUACUGUUAGAAGGCUUGUGUUUAAUUACAACAAGGAGGAUGUUUUGGGGCUGCAUGAUGGACCUGUGCGAUGUGUUGAAUACUCAUAUGCAACUGGUCAAGUUAUUACGGGUAGCUGGGACAAAACCUUGAAGUGCUGGGAUCCAAGAAGUUCCAGUGGCCAGGAUCGCUCUGUUGGAACAUAUACUCAACCGGAGCGUGUUUAUUCUAUGUCUGUUGUUGGAAAUCACUUAGUGGUUGCUACUGCUGGAAGGCAUGUAAACGUGUAUGAUCUUCGGAACAUGUCUCAACCUGAACAACGGAGGGAAUCUUCUUUGAAAUACCAAACAAGAUGUGUCCGAUGUUAUCCGAAUGGGACAGGUUAUGCUCUUAGUAGUGUUGAAGGACGAGUAGCCAUGGAGUUUUUUGACCUGUCAGAGACAGGCCAAUCUAAAAAGUAUGCAUUCAAGUGCCAUAGGAAGUCUGAAGCAGGAAGAGAUAUUGUAUACCCUGUGAAUGCCAUUGCAUUUCACCCUAUCUAUGGUACCUUUGCUACUGGAGGUUGCGACGGUUAUGUUAACGUGUGGGAUGGAAACAACAAGAAAAGGCUUUAUCAGUAUUCGAAGUACCCGACAAGUAUUGCAGCAUUGUCCUUUAGCAGAGACGGUAGACUGCUGGCUGUUGCAUCUAGUUACACAUAUGAAGAAGGAGAUAAAACCCACGAGCCAGAUGCCAUCUUCGUCCGCAGCGUAAACGAAGUAGAAGUCAAGCCAAAGCCGAAAAUGCUUCCCAACUCUGCUUCAUGAGUUGGGCAAGACUGAUGUUGCUUGUACUGUGUUCUAAUUUUAGCUGAGAUCGAAGACCUUAUUUGAAAUCAUUUACUCAUUGAUGACUAGUUUAUAUGGAAUUAUUAUGUCUGAUAGUAUUUGUUUUGUAGCAUACUCGGAAUACAAUCGAACAGAUGAUUUUAGUAAAAA